UUUCAUGGUGAUGGGGUCUCAGCGUGGCGUUAUGGAAGACCCUAAAUCUCAGACAUUGCCCAGGCAAGGUUCUCUCUAUAGCUUAACACUCGGCGAGGUUCAAACCCACUUGGCAAGUUCGGGGAAGCCUCUUGGAAGCAUGAACCUCGACGAACUGCUCAAGAGUGUCUGGUCUGCUGAAGCUAACCAAUCACCGGUCAAUGUCCCGGCACAAGGCCUGUCUCGCCAGGGAAGCUUGACUUUGCCCGGCGAACUUAGCAAGAAGACAGUUGAUGAGGUCUGGAGAGAGAUUCAGCAGAGCAAGAGAGGAGGCAGUGCCCAAGAGAGGAAAGAUAAGAGGCAGAAGCAGUCGACGACGCUCGGUGAAAUGACGCUCGAGGACUUGUUGUUGAAGGCCGGGGUGGUGACAGAAACAAUCCCUGAUCCGAACGAGGCCGGUAAUGGAGGUUCUUGUCCUACUGGUUUAGGGCAACACAUUCCUCAGCACGGCCCUUGGCUGCAAUACCAAGCGUUUAUGCCAUACCCAGUUUCAGAAAUGCAGGCAAUGAUGGGUGGGUUGUCAGAUACACAGGCACCUGGCCGGAAUAGGGUGGCAUCUGGAGAUGUUGUGGGGAAGACAGUAGAGAGGAGGCAGAAGAGAAUGAUCAAGAACAGAGAGUCUGCUGCUCGUUCACGAGCCAGGAAGCAGGCUUACACCCAUGAGCUCGAGAUCAAGGUUUUGCAGUUAGAGGAAGAGAAUAAGAGAUUAAGGAGACAAAAGGUAUAAGUUUUGUAUGGAUUUUAGGAUAUGGGUAGCAAUGGAAUAGGAGAUAUUGUUUUAA